AUGGCGCCUAUGUCCACGGCCAUCGCCGGGGCUGACGGCAUCAACACAAACAACGCAAACGUGAGCCCAAUAAGGUGCAUUGGCGGCUGGGUCGGCCCAUGCCCGUCGCCGUCCCUCCCGGAAUCCACCUUUGGGCUGCUCGUCCAGCUGCAGGCCCGCCCGCCGACCUUCACCACGGGGGACCCUGCCGACCCGGACGCCCUCGAAACCCGCAACAUACCAGCGUUCGUGACAGAGAGCAAGCGUGCGGGCUGCGCCACAGCGGCCCCGCCGCCCGGCCCCGCCGACACGGUGACGUUGCAGACCCUCCGGCUGAGCAAACUCCCGGGCGCGCCAGUGGGCGGCGUGCGGACCCCGGAGUACCGCGCACGUCUCGAUUUCCGGCUUGUGCGCAGCAGGACCAUGGGGACCAUCACGCUACACGCCAACAGCGUCUUUGUGGCCGCGCCCGCGCGCCGGGGAGGCGGAUCCGCGCACCGCGUCGACCCGCGCCGCGCAGCCGCAUACACCUUCCGCGUGCUGGCGCUCGAGGAUCUGCCGCGCUCGGAGCCCGGCACGGCUGGGGCGGCGGGCGCCACAACGACGGUGAUCAACGCCGCGGGUGGGGGCGUGGCCGAGACGUUUGCGCGCGCGUGGUGCAGCCAGAAGGGGGUGGAUGCGGUGGUCUGGCAGAGGGACGGCGGGCGGAGCUGUUUCAAGUGUGCGUUGAUGGUGGCCGGGGAGGAGGGGCUCGGGGUAAAGGUGUUGAUUAUGGUUUGA